AUGCCUCCGGGUACAACCCUUCAGAAGCGGGACAGUGAAGCAACGUCCUCGGCAACCCGGAGGGUUCUUGCAAGCGAGAUAAGGCCCUGCAUUGUGCUGUCAAAGUGUUGGUCAAAUCAGCGCGCAGUGCACCGAGUGCUGGACUGUUGUCAUCUUUUCAAGAACCUCCAGCAUUCCGCGGGUCACGAUGGUCGGCCAGCUAUUGCCUUUGGUCCAGCGCGUAUUCGCGAGGUUUUGACUCGCACAAAGAUCCGCAAAAGUGUCAAAUAUCCAGCCGUGGAAGAAGAAGCCCUUCCAGUUGUCGAAGAGGUAUUAAACGAGGGUGAGCAUUUGGCGCAGAGCUUCCCCAACAUAGUGAGGUCGAUUGAGAAGCUUUCCCAUCUUAGCAAGAGGCAACGCAAUCAUCAUCAGGGUGUAUUUAGCGAUAAGGACGUUAGGUAG